CGGAUAUAGGUCAAAUGGAAAAUGACGAAAACAUGUGCAAAGUCUUAGAAACAGGAGUACUUGUCGAAAUAUUGUGAUGCUACCAAAACAAGUGGGCUGACAAAACUAAACAACAAUGGUGAAGGAACAAUUCAGAGAGGCCGAUGUGGCCAAGAAAAUCUCCCACGUCACGUUUGGGAUGAUGACUCCCCAGGAGAUGCAGCAAGUCGCCCACAUACAGGUGACCUGCAAGAACCUCUACAAUCAGGACGGAAGCAGGAAACCUGUCUCUUUCGGGGUCCUCGAUCACAAAAUGGGGACCAGUGAGAAGGACAACACAUGUGACACGUGUGGCAAAGGCCUGGCAGACUGUACUGGUCACUAUGGCUUUGUAGAACUGGAACUCCCUGUUUUCCAUAUUGGAUUUUUCCGGACAACUAUAACAGUAUUACAAAUGAUUUGUAAGAAUUGCAGCCACCUACUGCUGCAUGCUGCUGAUAAGAAGUCCUUCCUGGAGUCUCUGAAGAGGCCAGGGAUGACCUACCUUCAGAAGAAAGCUAUGAGGAAGAAGAUCUACGAUGCUGCCAGGAAGGUGCCAAUAUGUCGUUCCUGUGGAACAUAUAAUGGAAUGGUGAAGAAAUGCGGCCUCUUAAAGAUUAUACAUGACCGUUACAAACAAAACAGAAAAGGAGGAGAGCCUGUUUUUACGGAGUUCGUUGGUUCGUUUCAAAGUGCCAAUGAAAGCAAUAAGGAACUUGAAGGACUCUUGCCUAAAACACAGGAGGUGCUCAAUCCAUUGUCAGUGCUUCAUCUGUUUGAGCGUAUACGAGAUGAGGAUAUUCCCCUGUUGUUGAUGAACCCAACAGUGGGAAGGCCAGAAAACCUCAUCCUCACUCGCAUCCUUGUCCCACCCAUCUGCAUACGGCCUUCCGUUGUCUCGGACCUCAAGUCGGGCACGAAUGAAGAUGAUAUUACAAUGAAGCUGACCGAAAUCAUUUUCCUGAAUGAUGUGAUUCAGAAACAUCGUGCUACUGGGGCCAAGAUGCAGAUGAUUAUGGAAGACUGGGAUUUCCUGCAGCUGCAGGUGGCGCUGCUAUACAACAGUGAGACGUCCGGCAUCCCCCUCCACAUGCAGCCAAAGAAGUCGAUGCGAGGGUUUGUACAGAGGUUAAAGGGCAAACAGGGUCGUUUCCGUGGAAACCUGUCAGGAAAACGUGUUGAUUAUUCUGGAAGAACUGUGAUCUCUCCUGACCCCAACAUGAGAAUAGAUCAGGUAGCAGUGCCAGAGCAUGUGGCCAAGAUCCUGACUUACCCAGAAAAGGUGAACAGAGCUAACAUCAAGCUGAUGAAGCAGCUAGUGCUCAACGGCUGUGAGGUCCAUCCAGGAGCCAACUUCAUCCAACAGAGGGACAACAACAUCAAGAGGUUUUUGAAGUACGGAAACCGCCAGAAAAUAGCCAGCAGUUUGAAGUUUGGUGACACUGUGGAGAGGCAUCUAAUGGAUGGCGAUGUGGUUCUGUUCAACAGGCAGCCGUCCCUGCAUAAACUCAGCAUACAGGCUUUUUAUGCCAAGGUCAUGCCAAAUCGGACAUUCCGUUUCAAUGAAUGCUGCUGUGGCCCCUUCAACGCCGACUUUGACGGAGACGAGAUGAACCUCCAUCUUCCCCAGACAGAGGAGGCAAAGGCAGAGGCAAUCACACUGAUGGGGUCUAAAUCCAACAUCAUCACACCCAGGAAUGGAGAGCCACUGAUUGCAGCUAUACAGGAUUUCAUCACAGGUGCUUACCUCGUGACCCAGAAGGACGUCUUCUUUGACCGAAGCCGUGCCUGUCAACUUGUGUCCUCCAUGUUGGCUGCCAAAGACAUGAAAAUCAAAAUUGACCUGCCUCCCCCGGCGAUCUGGAAGCCAUGCAAGCUGUGGACAGGGAAGCAGAUCUUCAGUCUGCUGAUGCGGCCCAAUAGGUCGUGUCCUGUGAAGGCCAACCUGAGGACCAAGGGCAAGAACUACACCCAGGACGAGGACCUGUGCACAAACGAUUCAUGGGUGGUGAUCCGAAACAGCGAGCUUCUGUGUGGAUCCAUGGACAAGGCCACCUUGGGAUCCGGCUCCAAGAACAACAUCUUCUACAUCAUUCUGCGAGACUACGGCCAGGAAUAUGCAGCUGACGCCAUGUCCAGACUCGCUCGACUUUGUCCGGCCUACCUCUCCAACCGAGGGUUUUCUAUCGGCAUUGGUGAUGUCACACCCGGUCUAGGUUUGAUCAAGGCCAAGAACGCGCUCCUGGAUGAUGGGUACAGUAACUGUGACAGCUACAUCCGAGACCUGGAGGACGGCAAGCUCCAGACACAGCCAGGAUGCUCGGAGGAGGAAACACUCGAGGCCAUGAUCCUGAAGGAGUUGUCUGUGAUCCGAGACCAUGCGGGGAAGGCCUGUCUCCGGGAGCUGCACAAGAGCAACAGCCCCCUCACCAUGGCCAUCUGCGGCUCCAAGGGAUCCUUCAUCAACAUUUCCCAGAUGAUUGCCUGUGUCGGCCAGCAAGCCAUCAGUGGCAAACGGGUGCCCAAUGGAUUCGAGGACAGGGCUCUGCCGCACUUCGAGAGACAUGCCAAGGAGCCUGCAGCGCGAGGGUUUGUAUCCAACAGUUUCUACACCGGGCUGACUCCAACCGAGUUCUUCUUCCACACCAUGGCCGGCCGGGAGGGCCUUGUGGACACUGCGGUCAAGACAGCCGAGACUGGCUACAUGCAGAGGCGACUGGUCAAGUCGCUGGAGGACCUGUGCCUGCAGUAUGACCUGACAGUCAGGUCAUCCACCGGGGAGGUGGUGCAGUUUGUGUAUGGAGGAGACAGCCUUGACCCCGCCUCCAUGGAGGGCAACGAGAAGCCCAUGGUCUUCAAGAGAGUCAUGGAUCAUGUCAGGAGCGUGAGUAUGUGGGACUGCCACAGUGAGCCGUCACUGACGGGGAAGCAGUUGCGUGACCUCACCGACUUGAUCCUUGAGGAGGAAGCGUGGCACGAGGUCAGCAAGGAGUUCCGGGAGGAGGUCAAGAAAUAUAUGGAGAAUUAUGCUGAGAAGAUCGACAAAACCCGGAGCAAACUGGUGACAAAGCAGAAGUCUAAGAAAGGAAAUGUUGUGUACCAGGUGGAGCGGAUCACCAAGGUGCAGGUCAAGAAGAUGCUGGAGACCUGUCUGGACAAAUACAUGAGGGCCCUCAUAGAGCCAGGGACUGCAGUAGGAGCUGUCUGUGCCCAGUCCAUCGGGGAGCCCGGCACACAGAUGACCCUCAAAACCUUUCACUUCGCAGGGGUGGCGUCCAUGAACAUCACACUCGGUGUGCCAAGGAUCAAGGAGAUCAUAAACGCCUCCAAGACCAUCAGCACCCCCAUCAUCAGCGCCAUGCUGGAGGUCAGCGACAACGCAGAGUUCGCCAGGGUUGUCAAGGGCCGCAUCGAGAAGACUGUGCUGGGAGAGGUAUCGGAGUACAUUGAGGAAGUAUUUCUACCAGAUGACUGUUUCAUACUCAUCAAACUUGACAUGGACAGAAUCAAACUGCUCAAGUUGGAGGUGACCGCAGACAGUAUCCGAGAUUCGUUGACGAAAUCCAAACUGGGCAUCAAGUUCCCUGAUGUCCACAUCUACAACAGUGACCUGCUGUCGGUGUCUGCACACGAGACGUCCAAGUCGUCCAUGUACUAUGUGCUGCAGAACCUCAAGAAACACCUGCCUCGUGUCAUGAUCAAGGGCAUCCCCACGGUGACGCGUGCUGUGAUACAUAUCGACGAGAAGUCUGACGCCCUCACGCUGCUGGUGGAGGGAGACAAUUUGUUGGAGGUUAUUGCCACUCAAGGUGUGAAAGGCACUGAUACAACAUCUAACAAUACAUUUGAGGUGAUGAAGACACUUGGGGUGGAGGCUGCUCGUACAACCAUCAUGAACGAGAUCGUGUACACCAUGGUCAACCAUGGCAUGAGCAUCGACAUCAGACAUGUCAUGUUACUGGCUGACCUUAUGACCUUCAAGGGAGAAGUUCUUGGAAUCACCAGAUUUGGGCUGGCCAAGAUGAAAGACAGUGUGUUGAUGCUGGCGUCUUUUGAGAAGACUGCGGACCAUCUGUUUGACGCGGCGUACUAUGGACAGACAGACUCCAUCAAUGGUGUGAGUGAGUGCAUUAUCAUGGGAAUCCCGAUGACAAUAGGCACUGGCCUCUUCAAGCUGCUCUACAGAGCCGAGAGGAAGCCAGAAUUAACGAAACGUCCACUCAUCUUUGACAACGAUGACUUCCACAUCCCCGAAGCAUCUGCAGCAACGUGACAUUGAUCUCUCCUACUACCUGUGUGUCAGUGUGAGAGAUGUGAUGUACGUAGUUGUUCUUCAUGAUUCACCAUAUUCCAGUUUCCUGACAGACUUAUUUCAGUUCCAAGAUGGGUAGGAACACAUUCACUCAGCAUGUGCUCAUGAUAAGUACUAACAAGCAUAUUUGGAGAAAAUGUAAAUCAAAAGGAAUAUGCUUCUCUGAUUCUUAAAGAACAAAUCAUAUUGACAUUGAAACUGGAAACAGUUACACUUUGGCAAGGCACCAAUGGAUCUACAAUUGGAACCCUUUAAUACAGUAUAAUAAUUACAGUCACGGUGUCGGUGUGUGAUGCAUGUCAUGACUCCCAUCAGUUGAAUGUACAGUACCUGGUGAUAGCAUUGUGAAUCGGAGAAACGGUAAAAUGUGUACAGAGUAUAUAUCAACAUGGAGGAAUGAAACAAGUUAUAUGAAUGGAAA